GUUGUAGUGCGACAACGUAUCGAACAAUCUGAAAAUGCUCAUCGAAAAUCAUUUCUGACAGCUGCUGAUUGGCUAGUUUCCAAUCAGGAUAACAUCGGUGGCUGGCCGGUUCCUGUUGAACGUGCAAUCGCUGAUCGUCGACUUGUGCUUCCGGCUGGUUGGUACUCAGCAAUGGCUCAGGGACAUGGCAUAUCUUUAUUAACACGUGCUUACGCAUCAACACAUAAUGUUUCUUACUUGGCUGCUGCAGGCAAAGCUCUUCAUCUCUUUGAGAAAGAUGCCAAUGAGGGUGGUGUUCGGAGGGAGUUGUUUGGUUAUGUUUGGUACGAGGAAUAUCCAACGUCUCCUGGUAGUUUUGUUCUCAAUGGAUUCAUGUAUGCGCUGAUUGGACUGUACGACCUCAGUGCUGUGAGCAUUACUGGAGAGGAUAAAAUUUUUAUGUAUCAUGAGGUUAUCGUAUUCAUCAUAGCAUUUUCAGUACCAAACGAUGUUCGACUAGGUGCCGAACGAGCGUCUGUACUUUUUUCGGUCGGAUUAGACUCGCUUCGAGCACUUUUACCAUUGUAUGAUACUGGAAGUGGAUCAAUUUAUGAUCUGCGUCACAUAGGACUGCAUAGUGCACCAAAUUUGGCCAGAUGGGACUAUCACGCAGUACAUGUCUAUUUGUUGAAAUGGCUGGUUCAAAUCAGCGGAGACAAAACUCUGAAUGAAACUGCUGACAGGUGGAUUGCGUACUCGUGGGGUAAAAAAGCUAAACAUAAUUAA